AUGGCUACCCCCAGUGUCCUAGCUUUUGACGCUGAGGGCAGAGCCAUUGACUUUGAGGUCUGGGUCGACGACCUGCAGUUGUUCUUACAGUGCGAUAGGGCGGACGGUCUUUCUCUUUUUGACCUCACCUCUGGCGCCUCUCCGGCUCCUGCUGCUGAUGCUGACCCCACUGUUCGCUCUCAGUGGGCCACCCGCGAUGCUGCUGCACGUCUUGCUGUGCGUCGCCACUUGCCCACCACUGAGCGCGCACACUUUAGUCAGUACAAGAGUGCUCAGACCUUGUACGACGCUGUAGCUGCGCGCCACUCUUCCCCUGCCACUGCUGCACUGAACCUCUGUUCCACCACCCUCACUGUCGACCUCCUCGAGAAGGCCCUCCUAGCGGCGGAGAAGAGUAUAGUCGCCGUAGGAGCCUCUCGUGGAGACCCGCGCACCCCCAUCUUUGAGGGGUGUUCCCCUUCCCCCCUGCUGCCCUCUGUUGCCUCUUCUGCUGCUGCCGACCUGCUUGGUCUUGAGCCGGUUGGCGCGGCGUCUGCCCCUAGCGGGAGACGCCGCCCUGGCAAGGGCAAGGGGAGCAAGGGCGCGGGUGGAGCUGGCGGGGGCGGUGGGGGUGGCGGUGGAGGCGGCGGAGGGAGUGGGGGUGGCGGUGGGAGUGGUGGCGGGAGUGGUGGAGGUGGUGGCGGCAGCGGCGGCGGAGGUGGUGGCGGCGGAGGCGGUGGGAGCGGAGGCGGUAGUAGUGGCGGAGGUGGAGGCGGUGGUGGCGGAGGAGGUGGAGCUGGUCGGGGUAGUGCCCCGCAGAGGAGCGGCUCUGAUGGUGGUCCACGUCAGCAGCAACAGCAGCAGCAGCAGGGUUCUCGGGACAUCCCCCCGCCUCAGCAACUCCGUGAGUGGUACGCGCAGAGUGAGCGUGGUGGAGGUGCUGGACCGUGCACCUACGUUCUUCGCAGUGGCGACCGCGCGGCGAUCUUUGAGCUAGACUUUGAUGCUAUUCUUGCUGCCAUGUAUGCUGUGUCUAUUAGUGAUGCGGGUGACUGUUACCGGUGUUUCCCGCCCGACCCGGGCAUUGGUACUGCCGCGCUAGGUACUUGUGAGGCGUCUGCUCUAGGUGCCAGUGCGUCUGCGCUCUCAGGUACUGGUGAGGCUGCGCUCUCAGGUACUACGUCGGCUUUGGCCUCCCUCACUUUCACUCUUGACUCAGAAGCUUCUCGCUCCUUCUUUCGAGACCGCACCACACUCACGCCGCUUGGUCGGCCGGUUGCAGUCUCCCUGGCUAACCCCUAUGGGGGUCCUGUCCUCUCUCACUUUUCCACUGUCCUCUCGUGUCCGGCUGCCCCCUCGGGCACCCUGUCUGGCCUGUACCUCCCCUCGUUCUCUACGAACUUGGUGAGUGCUGCAGACCCGCAGGAUGCGGGGGUUCACCAGUUCACUCCUGCGAGUCAGCGUGUGACCCACUGCACGGACGCACGCACAGGUCGGCACCUGGCCACGUUCUCGCGUCGGCCGGGGUCGAGCCUCUACACCCUGUCCACUGAGUCUCCUCCUGUCCCUGCGUCGGGUCAGGUGUUUGCUGCUGCGUCCCGGUCUGGCCCGGAGUCUGCCCCCU